AUGUACAGCUUAUCACAGCAUAAUCAGAAACUAACUGAAGGGAUUGAUUCAGUAGUGAGAGUAUUGCAUCUGGAUCAGAAGUAUGAAUCCUUAGACCAAAUGAAGCUUGAAAUUAUUGUGCAGCUCAUCUUAAAUGAGAUCAGCUACCUGCUGAAUAACAUAUCUGAUGCCCAGGAUGUGAAGCAGAAUGAGCUUGUUGAGAAGUCACUUGUUGUUACACUUCUGGAGCAUUUCGGGCAAGAGGUUGCUGACUUAAGGUCAGAGCGGAAUGUCUUGAGGCAAGAUCAGCAGAUAAAGAAUGAGGAACUGCUCCAGCUGCAGAGAGAAAAGGAGGAACUUAUGAAGAUAAGUGAUGAAUUCUUGGUAGAGGUGGAGGCUCGUAACCACAAAGUGGAUGAGCUAAAGGCUGAGGCGAAGUUCUUAGUUGUAAGGCUCUCAGAACUGCAAGAGUCUAGGAGGUCACUGCAAAGCGAGAUCACCAAGCUAUUACAAUCGAACUCUUUUCUAUCAAAUGAACUAAAUGACUCCAUUGAGAAACAGAAGAUGUUUGAACAUGAUUUCAGCAAUCUUGUUACUGAAGCUGUCAGCAAAGAUAUUCUUACUGGCAGUGAGCUUUAUCAGGAGAUCAAGAUGAUGAACAAGAGGCUUGGAGACAUAGAAAUUGAGAACAACUACCUUGGCAAAGAACUAAGUAGAACUAUGAGUGUUUAUGGUGGAUCUAUUGUGCAAACUGCAACAGGAAAAGGAAAUCCAGGGCGAAGAGAUGCCAACCUUCUGAAUUCUAGCAGGAAAACCCAACAAGAUUGUCAUGUAAAUAUGGAAGUGGAACAACAAGAGGAAGUUGGCAAUGCUGAUUUUCAGGAGUCAAAUGAAAUGCUACAGGAUGAGGUGUGUAAGUUAAGGAGUGAAGUGGAAAUGCUCAGGAGCAAGGAGGCUGUUUUCAACAUCAAAUCUUGUGAUGAAGAGAUCAUGAAAUUGCUGGCUAACAUGCAAAUGGCUAUCAUGAAUGCAGCUCUGUUCAAGGAAAAGGUCCUUGAGCUCAUCAUAACAUGCGAGAGUUUUGAGAUAAGUGCCAUGGUACAGAAGGAGGUUCUGAAGGAAGAAAUCAUACAAAGAAAUUCGUAUGUAGAUGAGCUAAAGGACAAACUAAAUGCUGUUGAGAUUGAGAACAGAAGACUGAAGGUCGACCUAGAUGGUGAUUUCACAAUGUUAGGGUCAUUGCAGUCUGAAGUCAGUGCCCUGGAGGAACAAACCGUGUCCCUUGCCAACGACCGCUUGCAAACAAAUAAGCUCAGUAUGGAGGAAAAUGCAUUAUCUCCUCACCUUGUGAAGACCACAACACGAUUGGGUGGCGAAGACAAUGCAUUGAGGAUGGUGAAGAGCAUGGAGCUGCAGAAAUUGCAUGGAACAAUCAAAGCCCUUCAGAAGGUGGUCACAGAUACUGGUGUCCUCCUGGAACAAGAGAGGCUUGAUUUCAAUACCAAUUUGCAAGAAGCGAAGAAGCAAAUUGAAAUGCUAAAGCUCAAGGAGAUCUUGGAUGAUGAUAUAAUUGAAAUGAAUUACGAGCAAAUGUUAAAGGACAUACAGCUUGACCUCAUUCAAACUUCUUCAGGCCGGAAAACUAGUCCAUUUGGUCAGGAAAAGAAAAAUGUAGCACAAGUAGAUGACAAGAUGGUAAACUCACGUGGUACUAUUGGGCCGAGCCAUGGACACAUGGCUGAUGACUUAAGACCACCGCAAAGCGAGUCAUUUGGGAGAGAGAACAAUUUAAUUGUUGUGAAAGAGCUCAGCAUUGACAAGCAAGAGCUACUGAGGUCGCUUGCCACGGAGCCACACGAGGAGUGGAGAAACAAGGUCGUAGAAAGGCUGUCUUCUGAUGCCCAAAGGCUUAGCACCCUCCAAUCCAGCAUCCAAGAACUCAAAACGAAUGCCGAAACAUCUGAAGAGCUAGAACUCGAGAGCGUCAGGUACCAAAUAAGAGAAGCUGAGGGUACCAUCAUGCAGCUGAUCGAUACCAACAGUAAGCUGUCCAAGAAGGCUGAGGAGUUCACGUCUCCUGAUGGUCUCGAUGCGGAAAACAGUGACUUGAGGAGCAGACAUCAGCGUAAGAUCUUGGAGCGUGCAAGGAAGAUGUCUGAGAAGAUCGGGAGGCUGGAGGUGGAAAUGCAGAAGGUCCAGCAGGCUCUCCUGAAAUACGAGGAGGAGCAGAGCAGCAGAAAGACCUCGAAAGCCCUGCAGCGGCGGUCCAAAGUGCAGCUCGUAGAGUAUCUCUAUGGUCGACGGCGGGACAGUCGCAAACAACAGCGAAACUCGCAUUGUGGUUGCAUGAGAGCGAAAACCAUCGAUGACUAA